CAAGUCGGGAUGCGUUCCGAAAGUCAUUAAAAAAAUGUGACAAUCUUUAUGUCCGCGACUGUACAUCGGACGUCUUACAGGUCCGAUGUCCAAUAAGGGCAUCCUUGUUACGUCCAAUUUAUGUCCACGGACGUAAAUCGGACAUACGGACAUACAUUGGACGUAAAACGUACAUCCAUUGAAUGUCCAGUGCUGUCUGGGUGCAAAUGAAACAACCCGACUUCUUUAUAAUUAACCGCAAAAUAUUUCACUACCGAGUCCCACUCACUAACAGAGCUCCAAGAAUUUCUACUAACGAGGAGUAUAUCAUUCCCACGAGAGAAUGGCCCACUCCGACUACUUCCUCCCCGUGCGAUAAGGGUGUGCAGGAAGUCAAAUGUGUGAAUCACCGGUUAUAUUAUUAGAGCAUGAACAAAUUGAUCGCAAGCCCGUUUCAUUUCUUUUUUUCACGAUAAUCGGCUACGUACAUAUUCUACGGAUUAUACAGUGGAAAAAUUAAGUGAACGUAAAGCAGCACAAAAUGUACACACCAAGAAAAAAAGUUUUUUGGUUUGCGAUCGUUAGUAGAAUCGUGAUAUUUAUACUGCAAAUCAUUUUUAACGCAUUAAUACCCGAUCAUCAUGCGGACGCAUUUAAAAGACCCUUGGAUCCCACGGAGGAAGUUUCCCUGUGGGAUCAAAUAGUGUAUUUUUUACUUGACGGUCUUACACGUUGGGACGGUGAGUAUUUUCUGCACAUCGCGAGAUACGGCUACGUUUAUGAGAAUACUCUCGCUUUUUAUCCAUUGUAUCCGGCUAUGAUUCGCGUUGUCGGUGCUGUUUUGCUGAGAAUACUUCCCAUGCUGAAUAUUCAAAGCACAAUGAUGCUGGCCGCGACAUGUAUUAAUUUCACGUGUUUUGUCAAGUCCGCGAUUAUCCUUUACGAUCUCACCGAGCGUGUAUUUAAGGACACUGUAACGGCGUAUAAAGCAGCGAUACUUUACUGCAUAAAUCCGGCCAGCAUAUUCUUUUCGGCUGUAUAUUCAGAAUCCAUGUUCGCGUAUCUGUCGUUUUACACUAUGCUCGGAAGUAUGAAAUGCAUGUCUGCUAUUUCUUUUCCACUUGCUCUGUCAACCUUGGUGAGAUCGAACGGUGUUGUUAAUAUUGGCUUUCCCGUGUAUUUCGGGUUUAAGAAUCUAUAUGAUUCCGCAUUGGGAGCAACACAACGAAAGCGCAACAUUCUGUCGACCGUCUGGCAUAUCUUAAAACUCAUGACAUUGAAUAAUUUUUUCAUUGUGUUGAGCACGAUAAUUAUAUCGGUGUCGCCGUUCGUUCUUCUACAAAUAUACAAUUACAUGAAGUUUUGCAUUCUCAUUAAUACGUCGUUGUUGCCGACUCAUAUCUUACAAUACGCUAUAGAAAACGAUCUAGUUCUACCGGGUACAGAAAAUUCGGUAUGGUGUAACGUUAGUGUGCCUCUAGCAUAUUCAUAUGUACAAAAAACGUAUUGGAACGUUGGAUUCUUGAGAUAUUAUCGAUUCAAACAAAUACCGAAUUUUAUCUUAGCUUUUCCGACAUUGCUUAUCAUGUUGCACUGCGUUAAAGAAUUCCUCUUUGAAUAUAACAACGAACUGUAUUCACUGGGAUUAUUUAACGACAAAGCGAAAAGUGAAAAUACUAGAAAUGUAAAGAAAUAUCCGCUGGAUACGUUUGCCUUCAUGAUACAUGGAUUAUUUUUGACCAUAUUUUGCUUAUUCUUUGUGCAUAUUCAAGUUAGCACACGUUUAUUAGCUUCCGCAAGUCCUUUAAUAUAUUGGUACUGUGCGUUGAUGAUGUCUCAUAAGUAUAUUGAUCGUGUUGACCCGCAGUACGAAAGUAGAGAGAACGUAUGCUCUAAGUGGAAAGUGUUUUUCUUAUCGCAAGAACGAUAUACGUUGCAGGAUAAGUUGGUGCUGUCUUAUUUUAUAGGAUAUACAAUUGUAGGAUGUUUCAUGUUUUCAAAUUUCUUGCCAUGGACUUGAUAUGUCACAUCUCGUAUGUAUAUAUAUGCGAACUUUUUAGUAAAAUAAGUUAUUUCUGAAUUUUUCAAACACACUUCAGUUGUUCAUUUAUUUGUUGAAGCUCUUGUACAUAAAGAAUGAAU